AUGAAAUUUUCUACAGUAUUAACAUUAAUUUUAAUAGUAUUUAUCGCCGUUGUUCACUCUGCUGAAGAAGCCGAGCAAGCUGAAGCAGCUACACAACCACCCAAAAAAGGACCAUUACAAAUCAAUCUUGUAGAUAGUGGUCCUAUACGUAAUAGAGGAACAUUCCCACAAAGUAGAGGUGUAUCAAAUGAAGCUGCAAUUUUGCAAUUUGCCGAUAUCUUUAGAAACAGAUUGACUGAUAUGACGCGUAGUGUCGCUGGAGGCCGACCAAUUAGGAUCGAUAAUCAGGGAUUCACCGGAAGUGGCUAUGCCAAUCUACAAGCUCAGAUCAACAAUGUCAAUGGUGCCUCAACUGUAUCGGCUGUGCUUGUCAGUCCGACCUGUCAACCAAUCAGACCCAACUCUGAACAACAACAAACUAACAAUGAGAGAUUAAAUGUUCUUCGUAAAGUUAAAGAUGCACUCAAUCGAUCAUAUUCGUCUGUUGACUUUUCAUUCAUACCAUUAACUAACAGUAAUAAUAAUAACAACUCACUCAAUUUAACGGGUAAUCCAGUGCCUCCACGGCUGUUGCAGAGUGACGUGGUGGGUGUUGUCAAGCAGCUGCACUUGGAGCUGUUGCAUCGUCGUGAGAUAUGUGCGCGUGUCAUUCAACGACACUACAGAGCUUGGAAGAAACAAUAUAGAUUUAGAAACGUUGUUAUGGCGUUAAUGGAGAAGCGCGAUCUCGAGAAGAGCUUGUCCUACGCAAGCAAGAGUGCAGAGAUGCAUCGUGCAGCCGUCACGAUUCAACGAUGGUACAGGUCGCGACGUUGCAGGAAGAUAUGGUACAUGUUGGUUUCGAAAGUACUACUGUUGCUAUCGACUGGCAGUGGAAAGCGAUCGAUAGGUGGAAUGACAUCGGGUGGACGUUUUGGUUCGAUUUUCGGAUUCGAUGAGCCUGACCACGAUGGUAAUAUUAUCUAUUAUACUCCGGAUGCGGGUACAAUAGGAUCUUUGCCAAUCAUCAAAUAUGCCACCAUUGCCAAGUUGGUUGAACAUCUUACCUAUACUACCUACACGGAAGCCGCUUUUCCAAAGAUAUUUUUUGCGACUUACUCAUCGUUUUUGUCGCCGACAGAGCUGUUCCAAUUGCUCUGUGUCCGAUAUCAUGUGGAACCGCCUAUCCAUGCGAGCGCAACCGAGCUGGCAAUGUUUAGAAAGACUGUGAAACCACGUAUUCAAGAAAAGGUUAUCGAAAUGAUGGGAUAUUGGAUAAAGAAUCAUCUCAAUGACUUUGAGGAGACAUCGGCGAGACGAUUAAUUGCGAUAUUCAAUGAGACGAAAAAGAAGAAUAGAGAUGACAUGGAAGAGUUGAUAAAGUUUGCUUCGAACGCACCGAAACCAAUAUUACCACUCAAACCGUUGGAUGGAGCUGGCUUUACGCUGUUGGAUCUCUCACCGAUUGAAGUGGCGCGUCAGAUGGCAUUGAUCGAUCAGACUCUACUCUCUAGAAUAUCAGCAAAGGAACUGCUAUCAAAGAAAUGGAGUAGCCAACAUGCAAACAACCUGGAGAUCUGUCCAAACGUAAUGAACAUGAUCAACGUAUUCAACAACGGUUCGAAAUGGAUAUCCUCAGAGAUUGUCAUUGAGAAAUCAUCGAAAUACCGUCUGAAGAAAUUGAAAUUCUUUUUGGACGUUGCCAGACUCUGCUAUGAAAUGAAUAAUUUCAAUGGAGUCUUCCAGAUUCUCUAUAGAAUUGUGCUGGCCGAAGCAAAAGGACCGGUCAUUCCAUUCGUUGGACUCUAUCUAAUGGAUUUGACGUUUAUGGACGAAGGUAACCCAUCGUUCAACAACACCCUACUCAAUUUCGUCAAGAAACGUCUGGAAGCCAGUUCAGUCAACAAGUUUUUAACCUACAAACUUGCUCCCUAUUGUUUUGAACCGGUUUCAUUCAUUCAAGACAUUCUUUUGAACUCUACAGUUCUCAGCGAGACAGAGUUGUACGAGAAAUCAGUGGCAAUCGAGAAGCGACAUCUCAGAAAAAUAUCAAAGCGACAAGACAGAGAACGACAACUCACCACCUCAACUUCCAACUCUGAUUUGGCAGAACUUGCAAGUAGUAGCAACAACAAUAAUAAUAGUAGUAGUUCUAUUGGAAAUAACAGUAGUAGCUCUACUAGUAACCCAUCACCAACAAAGAAGUCGUCCAAGUCUGGCAAACACAGACGUCAUCGUGAUCGUGAUUCCGACAGUCCACGUCUCGGAAAGAAAGGCGAUCCAGCCAAUACUUCAUCGCCAGCGAUAAUGACAUCUCCUGGCAAAGUACCACCUCUGGACUUUAAUAUAUCGGCAUCGAAUCUAUCGCCACAACACAUCACCUCGCUCUAUCACUCUGUUGAUAACACCCCUAUUAGUUCGCCAAGAUUUACACCAUCGAUCAUCACAUCACCAACCACACCCGACAAACUUUCAAUCUCCAAUUUCAAUCCAAUCAUGGCAUUUUCCAACUACGCAUUUUCGCUAUCCCCAAGAUCGCCUCGUUCCUCUAGACCAAGCUCACCAUGCGAAUCACCAAGAAACUCAAGGCCUAGCUCUCCAAUACCACCACCAUCACCCAAGCAUUUUGAUCAACCAUCUCCCUUCAAGGGAUAA